CCUCCUUCCUUCCUCGCCUGGGUCUCUGCCUCUUCCUCCGCCAUGGGAGACGUCCUCUCGGCACACCUGGACGAGAGCCGCCGGCAAUUCAUCGCAGACAAAACAAACAAGGUCCUUGCCGACUUCUGCCGCUUCUACGAGGAGCAAUUUGGUGUCGCGCUCUUCAACAGCGUCCGGUAUGAGAUUGAAGGUGGCGGGGGACCCCAGGCUCAGCUUCUCCAUCGAAAGGUCCCGCUGGAGGAAUGCACCAUUUUCUCCGGGAACCUCUUCCAAUACUUGGAGGAGAACAAGAAGUGGAGGAACCGCUUCAGCCUCGUGCCCCACAACUAUGGGCUGGUGCUCUACGAGAACAAGCUGGCCUUUGAGAGGGGGCUUCAGCCUCGCAUCCUGAUCAACAGCGCCGGCUACAAGAUCCUCACUUCCCUGGAACAGUACCUGGAGCUGCUCAAUAGCAACCUGCCAGGCCCCACGCCCAAAUCGGGCAAUGCCUCCAUCCUGAAAUGCCCCACCGAGUUCCCGCUCAUCCUUUGGCACCCGUACGCUCGGCAUUACUACUUCUGCGUCAUGACCGGCAAGGAGCAAGAGAAGUGGCGAGCUGUCUUCCAAGAUUGUGUUCGACACUGUAACAAUGGAAUCCCAGAGGACUCCAAAGUCGAAGCCCCUGCCUUCACAGAUGCCGUCCGCAUGUAUCGCCAAUCAAAGGAACAGUACGGCACUUGGGACAUGCUCUGUGGCAACGAGACACAGGUUUUGUGCAACUUGGUGAUGGAGGAACUCCUUCCUGAGCUCAAGAAUAUGAUUGGCCCUCGACUGAAGGGCAAAGCCCAGGAGAGGCAUCGAGUGUGGAUCCAGGUCUCCGAUGCUGUGUACAAGAUGAUCUAUGAUCAGACGAAGGCUCGUUACGACGCGAUGGUGACCACGUGCGAGCUUCAGGUCCCCAAGCUGAAGGGCACCAUCCGCACAGACAUGGAUCAGAUUAUCCAGUCCAAAGAGCACUUGGCCAGCAAAAUCAGAGCAUCUGUCUUCUCCAAAGCUGAGAUCUGUGUCCGGAACCACGUCCAACCUUACAUCGCUUCCAUCCUAGAGGCCCUGAUGAUCCCCACCAGCCAGGGCUUUGCUGAGGUCCGAGAAGUCUUCUUCAAAGAGGUCACUGACAUGAACUUAAACAUUGUCAAUGAAGGAGGAACGGAGAAGCUGGGGGAGUACAUGGCGAAACUUUCGCAGCUGGCUUUCCACCCAGUGAAGAUGCAACCCUGCUAUGAGAAGAUGGACCAGCUGAAAUUAGAAGGGCUGCAGCAGAGGUUUGAUGUGUCCAGCGCUUCGGUGUUCAAGCAAAGGGCCCAGAUCCUGAUGAGACAGCAAAUGGAUGACACCAUCUACACCUUUGAGACACUCCUUCAUCAGGAGCUGGGGAAGUCACUCAGCAAAGACGAGUUGUGCAAAACCAUCCAACGCAUCCUGGAGCGUGUGCUCAAGAAAUACGACUACGACAGCAGCACGGUGAGGAAGAAGUUCUUCCGGGAGGCCCUCCUGCAGAUCACGAUUCCCUUCUUGCUGAAGAAACUGGCUCCCACCUGCAAAGGGGAUCUGGGAAGAUUCCAGGAGCUGAUAUUUGAGGACUUUGCCCGCUUCAUCCUGGUGGAGAACACCUACGAAGAGGUGGUGCUCCAGUCUGUCAUGAAGGACAUUAUGAUGGCUGUGAAGGAGGCAGCCGUGCAGCGGAAGCACAACCUGUAUCGUGACAGCAUUGUGAUGCACAACAGCGACCCCAACCUGCAUUUGCUAGGGGAGGAUGCGCCCAUCAAUUGGGGGGAAGAAUUCGGUGAGGCCGAUUCGGACCUGUCGGACGAGAAGCAACGCCGGGCCAAGCAAGUGGUGUCCGUCAUCCACACGGAUGAAGGGAGCCUGCCUUAUGAUGUCACCUCCUUGGAGAGGUCACCGGAUGCACCAGAGCCGGAGGAAUUGGAAACCAGCCCGACCCCAGGCUCCCCCAACAGCCUGAAGGAGCUGCGUACGAUGUUGGUGAAGGAGUUCCAAGUGGAGUCUCCCGUCGCUGUUGCUGGGAAAGCUGAGGAACAGCUAAGCAAUGGCACCGUUGUCCAAGACAGCAAGGUUGUUGCGGAGCCGAGGGAAAAGGAGGAGGAGAAACCAGGUGAAGCUGAGCAAGUGACCGGUGACCAUCUCCCGGAAGGUUCUUCUGAACGUCAAGGAAAUAAACCAGAAGACACAGACACCACAUCUGAAGCUGAACCACCUUCCCGAGAAGAGCACCUUGAACCGGGUGACAAGGAAACAGGAGAAGUGGCUGCUUUGGUCCAGGAGGUCAAAGCCGAGCCAUCCUCGGAAAACAGCCCCGGGGUCACAGACAACAGUGAGGGGGUACAGACUCAAUUCUAGGAAUAGUGACCCUCACUUGCUUACGAGAGAGGUUUUCUCUUGACUACCUAAACACCAAGAGGCUGACACUGCAAAAUAGGGGGCGGGGAGGUGAGGGAGGUAAGUGCCCGUAGAUUGGUCCCAUAACACCCUUCCUUUGUAUGCACUGGGUCCCUUCGGAGGACAUUGCCUCCUUGUUGGAUUGGAGAAAGGACGGAGAGAAGCAUCUGCCUCUUGGAAGCAGGGUUGAACUUUCUAGGCCUUUGGAGCCACGACUUGAGUCGCUCCCCCAGCCCUUGUCCUUUGCACCUUUUCUCAGUCUGUCUUUCACAAUGGGAGGGUGGUGGGUUUGGGUGUUGGUUCUCCCGUUUUGUUUUUUACUGGAGAGACACUUUAUCUGGGAUGCUAAGAAAUGGAGCACCGGAACAAAGGAUGACAGCUGGAAUUCUUUCCCCACAUCUGUUCUGAGAUAACUUCUGGUCCCCCAAUUUGUUUAUUGAAGCUCUCUAGGUGCCUUCACCCAACUUCGUUCCUCCAGUAGAUGUGAAAAUUUGAUUCUUUUCCAUCUCAGUUUAACUAUUACAGGUUGGCUGAUGUCAUCCUGGUCUACCUUUACUUGGGCGGAUGAUGAGAUGUGUCCCCAUCUCAAAUCUCCACCAUAUCCUAACGUUUAGGUGGCAAAGAAAGGAGUCCUUCUUUCCCUAUAUCCUGGCCCUCUUCCACAAUUCUGAAGUGAGUUUCAGUUGCAGGAUUCUUGUAGGUCAGUGGUUCUCAACCUGUGGGUCAGAUGUUCUGGCCUUCAACUCCCAGAAAUCCUAACAGCUGGUAAACUGGCUGGGAUUUCUGGGAGUUGUAGGCCAAGACACCUGGGGACCCACAGGUUGAAAAUCACUGUUGUGGGUGAAGAGUGGCUAUGAGUCUUGGAUUGAGAAUGGAGAUGUCCACAUAGACCAGAGAAGAUCCUAUACUGGAGACUAUUAAACCUAUGAAAUGGAGAAUAGAGGGUGGGAGCAAGUUUCCUUUGGCCACCCAGAUAACAGAAAGGCGUGGCAGAAGGGUUGUCGGCAUUCAGAAUUAAAUAUAUUAGGCCAGUGGUUCUCAACUUGUGGGUCCCCAGGUGUUUUGGCCUACAACUCCAAGAAAUCCCAGCCAGUUUACCCACUGUUAGGAUUUCUGGGAGUUGAAGGCCAAAACAUCUGGGGACCCACAGGUUGAGAACCACUGUCUUAGAGAAUAACGUCAAGGUAUGUUCAGUUGCAUUUUUUCAUACAUUGGAUGUGGGAUAGUAUUCAUUGGAUAUUGUCUAUUCCAGAGGAAUCCGAUCUCUCAGAAUCCUGGUUCUGCAAAUCCACUUGGGUUGCCCUCUUCAAUCUUUGUUUGACCAGUGGCCAAGGCUGACUUUUCCUGUGACAGCAGCAUGGUUUAGGAAGUUGGCAUGUGUCUUAUUAGGGUUCGUCAAGAUAGUCUUACAGGAAGUCAGCUGUAGAGUGAAGUUAAAUGGAGAAACACAACAUGCUGAGGAAUGAUAGGAGUUGGGAGUCUAGCAACAUCUAAAGCAGUGGUUCUCAACCUGGGGUCCCCAGAUGUUUUUGGCCUACAACUCCCAGAAAUUCCAGCCAGUUUACCAGCUGUUAGGAUUUCUGGGAGUUGAAGGCCAAAAACAUCUGGGGACUCCAGGUUGAGAACCACUGAUCUAGAGGGCCUUUGUGAUUCCACAUUAGUUGGGAGGAAUAGGAGUUGUAGUCUAGCAACAUCUAGGACUGUAGUUCCUAACCUUUGGAACUCCAGAUGUUCUGGACUUCAGGUCCUAGCUAGUAAGCUGGCUGGGAUUUCUGGAAGUUAAAGUACUAAACACCUGGAGGCCCAAAGGUUGGGAACUUCUGAUCUAGGAAAUCUUCAUGAUUCCAGAGGAAUUCAGUCACUCAGGAUCCUGGUUCUGCAAAUCCACUUGGGUUGCCCUCUAGGGUCUGUCUUUGAACAGUGGCCAAAGUUGACUUUCCCUAUGACGGCAGCAUGGUUUGGGAAACCAGCAUGUGCCUUAUUGGGGUUCAUCACUUCUUGAAGUGGGUCUUACAGGAAGUCAGCUGUGAAGUUGAAUGAAAAAACACAACAUGUUGAGGGAUGAUGGGAGUUGGCAGUUUAGCAACAUCUAGAGGGCCUUUGUGAUUCCUCAUUAGCUGAAGAACCAUAAGAGUUGGAGUCUAGCAACAUCUAGAGGGCCUUCAUGAUUCUUCAUUACAUGAAGAACCAUAAGAGUUGGAGUCUAGCAACAUCUAGAGGACCUUCAUGACUCUUCAUUAGGUGGCGAACCAUAAGAGUUGGAAUCUAGCAACAUCUAGAGGGUCUUUGUGAUUCUUCAUUAUGUGGACAACCAUGAGUUGGAGUCUAGCAACAUCUAGAGGGUCUUUGUGAUUCUUCAUUAAAUGAAGAAUCAUAAAGAGUUGGAAUCUAGCAACAUCUAGAGGGUCUUUGUGAUUCUUCAUUAUGUGGACAACCAUGAGUUGGAGUCUAGCAACAUCUAGAGGGCCUUCGUGAGUCCUCAUUAGGUGAAGAACCAUAAGGAGUUGGAGUCUAGCAACAUCUAGAGGGCCCUCGUGAUUCCUCAUUAGGUGAAGAACCAUAAGGAGUUGGGAGUCUAGCAACUUCUAGAAGGCCUUAGUGAUUCUUCAUUAGGUGAAGAACCAUAAGGAGUUGGAGUCUAGCAUCAUCUAGGAAGCCUUCAUGAUCCAUCAUCUAGGCGUAGUGUUACUUUCUCCAGGUUCAUGGCUGUUUAUAUGGAUAGAAGACAUAAAUGCAAUGUAUGUGUGUACGUGAGCGUAUGUAUGGUUAGCUAAAUAGAUUUGGUGUGGGUGGAAGUGGAGUGUCUUUUAUGAUGGAGGCAUCUUUGAGUCAGGGAUAGGAUACAAAAAUCCUAUAGAAGAGUGUUGUGUACCUUCAGAUUGGUCCUGUUGAACAGGUGGGUUGAAGGACAUCCAAUAGGGAAAGAGCCCUGAGCUGAACUCCAAACGUCCUCCUUAGCUGCAGCAAUAACAUUCCAGUUUUUUCCAUGUGCCUCUUAAAUAUUUUUAUGAUAAUUCCUGUUAUAUGAUGGGUGGGGAGAAUUUGCCCUGUUGGGUUCUGCUGUUUUGUUUCUAAAGUGCCUUAAUCUAUGGGAACCAAAGCCUGUCUUUCCUGUCUCCCUCGAGAUAGUUUAUUGCAAAUCUUAUACCAAAUGUUUAAGGAAAAUGUGCUUAUAUAAAUAUAUAUUAAUAAUAAAAAUCCUGCUUUAUUUAA